GACCAGGAGGGAGAAGAGGAAGCCCAGCUCCGCUGUGGGCGGAGAUACAUUGGGGUGAGGGCUUGCAGACCUGGAGAGGGGCGAAGGACCUAGGUCCUCGUCCCCAGAGUUACAGGUUGGAACAAACUUGCCUGGCUUUGCGUCGCAGACGCGUCCAAGUUAACCCCUGUACCUUGAUGUGCCGGCACGAAAGGGCGAGGAGCGGUAUACAUAGCUCUACAUACACAUUGAAAGCUGAGCGAGGAAAGGAGGGGGCGAGGAAAGGCAGGUUCCGCCUCCCCUGGCCCGCGUGCACACACACGCCCACCGCGGCUCGGGCUGGCGGAGCGCGGGCGAGUGUGAGCGCGGGCGAGUGUGAGCGCGAGUGUGCGCACGCCGCAGGAGCCACUCUGCCCUCUCCUCGCACCCUGCUCAGGGCAUCUUGAGAGCCUGGAAACGUGAACAGGCUUAAAGUAUGGCAUGUUGCAAAGAUGGUUUCUGCCAAGAAGGUACCCGCGAUCGCGCUGUGCUCCGGGUUCAGUUUCGCCCUCCUGCACUUCCUGUGCAUAGCUGCUUGUUUAAACGAAUCCCCAGGACAGAACCAAAAGGAGGAGAAAUUGUGCCCGGAAAAUUUUACCCGCAUCCUGGACAGUUUGCUCGAUGGUUAUGACAACAGGCUGCGUCCUGGAUUUGGGGGUCCUGUUACGGAAGUGAAAACUGACAUAUAUGUCACCAGCUUUGGACCUGUAUCUGAUGUUGAAAUGGAAUACACAAUGGAUGUGUUCUUCAGGCAGACGUGGAUUGACAAAAGGCUAAAGUAUGAUGGCCCCAUUGAAAUUCUGAGGUUGAACAAUAUGAUGGUAACAAAAGUAUGGACCCCUGAUACUUUCUUCAGGAAUGGAAAGAAAUCUGUCUCACAUAAUAUGACAGCUCCAAAUAAGCUUUUUAGAAUUAUGAGAAAUGGCACUAUUUUAUAUACAAUGAGACUCACCAUAAGUGCGGAGUGCCCCAUGAGAUUGGUGGAUUUUCCCAUGGAUGGUCAUGCUUGCCCUCUGAAAUUCGGGAGUUAUGCAUAUCCGAAGAGUGAGAUGAUUUACACAUGGACAAAAGGUCCAGAGAAAUCAGUGGAAGUGCCAAAGGAGUCUUCCAGCUUAGUUCAGUAUGAUCUGAUUGGGCAAACUGUAUCAAGUGAGACUAUCAAAUCCAUUACAGGUGAAUACAUUGUCAUGACAGUUUAUUUCCACCUAAGACGGAAGAUGGGAUAUUUUAUGAUUCAGACUUACAUUCCAUGCAUUAUGACAGUGAUUCUUUCUCAAGUUUCUUUCUGGAUAAAUAAGGAAUCAGUUCCAGCGAGGACUGUAUUUGGAAUAACCACAGUCCUCACUAUGACCACACUAAGCAUCAGUGCAAGGCAUUCUUUGCCCAAAGUGUCCUACGCUACUGCCAUGGAUUGGUUCAUAGCUGUCUGCUUUGCUUUUGUAUUUUCGGCCCUUAUUGAGUUUGCUGCUGUCAAUUAUUUCACCAAUAUUCAAAUGCAGAAAGCCAAAAAGAAGACAUCCAAACCUCUUGCAGAAAUUCCACCUGCUCCAGUACCGAAAGAAAAGCAUCCUGAAGUACCUCUGCAGAAUACAAAUGCCAGUUUGAACAUGAGGAAAAGAACAAAUGCCUUGGUCCACUCGGAAUCUGAUGUUGGCAACAGAACUGAGGUGGGAAAUCAUCCUAGCAAAUCUUCUCCAGUUGUUCAAGAAUCCUCUGAAGCCACAUCUAAGUCAUACUUAGCUUCCAGUCCAAACCCAUUCAGCCGGGCAAAUGCAGCCGAAACGAUAUCUGCUGCAAGAGCACUUCCAUCUGCUCCUUCUCCUACUCCUAGUCGAACUGGGUGUGUGUUGAGACAAACAUCAGUUGGAUCUGCUUCUACUCGUCGUGUGUUUGGCUCAAGACUGGAGCGAAUUAAGACCACAGUUAACACCCCAGGGGCUUCUGGGAAGUCAUCAGCCUCUGCUCCUCCUCCUGCUCCUCCACCUGCUGGAUCUGGCACAAGUAAAAUAGACAAAUAUGCCCGUAUUCUCUUUCCAGUCACAUUUGGGGCAUUUAACAUGGUCUAUUGGGUUGUUUACUUAUCUAAGGACACUAUGGAGAAAUCAGAAAGUCUAAUGUAAUUUUGUUGCUAUAGUAGUUUCCUAAAAGAUGAUGAAAAUGCAGACUAUCUUUUUAAAUGUUUUUAAAUAUAAUUAUUCUUUACUAAAAUAAAAAUUCUAUGUAAUUUUUCCACUUAAAAAAAUAUAAGCCGGUUAUUGGGAGAGUUAAUUAAUUCCUCAGUGAAGAGAAAGUGAACCAUUUUUCUUUUCAGAAAGAGGGUUUAAAAAGGAUCUAUUCAGCAUUCAAAUUAGAUGGAAUACAGACCAUCCUGGAAAGUUGAAACAAGAGUAAUAGGGCUAUUAGAGAUAUGUGGUGCACAUUUUUGCAUUGAAAUUUGAAAACCGACUAUGACACUUUUAAUACCCAAUGAAUAUCAACCAGCCACCCUAAAUUUCCCAGUGGCACUGCCCUUAACCAGAAUCAUUUAUUUGAUGUCAUAUGCAGUGACCUUUGGAGAUUCUCUUAGAACCCGCAAGAAAAGGAUUUUACCAAUUAAACAAAACAUCGGUGAGAGGAAAACGGAAGAAAACAAACACUGAUCAAUAGAGAGAAAACUCUGCGGAGUCAAAAACGAAGACAUAGACCAGGGGAAAUGUGUUUCCUUUCAUAUGUUGGCCAAACAGUACUUAAAGGUUGACUUGAAAUUUUGUGCUCUGAGCCAAAGUUUAACUCCUUGUAUGAAUUCUUUUUCACAGUAGCUCAUUCAGGUAUGUACUGUAUUUACUCCCUGCAUACUUAUUCAGAGCCUAAAGCCUCUUGUGUUCCAGGCACUCUCCUAGACACUGUGUCCUAGGAAAGCUCUGUCACAGUUACCUACAAUAUUAUUAAAAUAGUAGAACAGUCAAUGCAUGCUGAAGAACUAUAGCCUAGCAGAGGACUUUGCAUUCUUUAAUGAAGGAAAUAUAGUUAGAGUCGACAUCAUAUCCACAAUAUUGUUUCUCCUCCAUUGGUAGAGGAUAACAGGUAUAUUUGUUCACUUAACUACUUUGAGAUAAGUCAAUGUUAGUACGAUUUCAGCAACUGGUUUUCAAAAUACAAUGAAAAUGUGGUACAGAUUACUCUGUAAGUGACAAAAGCACCAUAUAUCUGGAAAAUAAAAAUCUGGGCACUGUAAGACCUGAUAGAUUACGUGUCUCAAAUUUGAAAAGGAUCACUGAAUUUGAUCAGAAUCACAAAAUAUUCAGAAAUAAGAACUUUUUAGAUGUUUUUCCCAACAUGGAUCUAUCUUAGCUGCUGAAAUGCCAAUCUUCGGACAUUUUUUUGUGUCCAUAGUUCUGUACUUUCAGGUAGAUUUUGUAUUUGUUUUCUGGGAGUUUUGGUAAGGUUUACAAUGAAAGCAGCAAAAGAAAGAAAUGAAGAAAAAAUUCAUAGCCACAGGGUGGGAUGCCACUGACUCUGUUAUGUAAUUCAACAGGAUUUUCACUUACUGACUUUUCUUGUAUUACAAAGCUUAACAACUUAAUUGGAUUUCUUGCAGCUGUCUUAUGCAGCUCAAUUUAGGUCUGUUGGGUUGAUUUGGUUGUUGUGUUACUUCCAGAUUUUUCUUCUAUAUUUCUUUCUACCUGCUCUAGGUGUGUGUGAAUGAAAGUGUUCUUAGUGUUUGGGGGAACGUUUUGAUAGAAUGGCUACCUUGCAGAUCAGAGCUCUUAUUUUUUUAGAAAAGAAACUAUAUAAAUCAAUUGGCAUCAACUUUUUAGUUAUUAUAUUGCCUUGUAAUAGUUGUAUAUGAACCCUGUAAAAUGUCACAAAUAUUAAUUGUAAAUCAUAUUUGAGAAUCCUUCUUAGACAAGAAUCUAUCUCUAGGUAUUUCAUAGAAUCAAUACAUUUUAAGACUAAAAGAUGCUAUAGAAAUCAUCCAGUCCAAAUCCCUCAUUCACGAUUUGAUUUUAGUAAAAUGAGGCCCAGUAAAAUCUGUAUAUAUGUAUAUAUUUAAUAAAGAGUACUUGUACCAAAAAGCUUAUAAAUUACUUUAUGAAUGUGAAAAGAUUACUGGCCUUGAGGUCAGUGCUUGGAAUUGUGGUUUGAAACUCUGAUCAUUUAGUAUUCAGACAAAAUGACUUUAUUUCUUUGGUAAGGAAAACUUACUCUGCUUUUCUAUUCAUGUAUUCUUAAGAAACAUUUUACCAACUUCCUUUUUUAAAAAAGAAAAUUCCUCUUUAAAUUUUGUAGGUUUUAAGGGGAUAAAAAGUAAAUGACUUUAAAUUUAUAGAUCAUAGAUCCAGGUGAACUUACUGGGGUUUUGUUUGUUUAUUUGUUUGUUUUUGGUUUUGUUUUUUGACUCUGGUAUAUGAAGAUUUAAAAAUAAAUUGGUGGCCAAACCCUGAAAGGACAAACUUAGCCCAGGAUUCUUAAUUGUUUAUUCAAAUAAAUUCACCAGAAAGCCUACUCAUUAGUACCGAAAGGAAUUAUUUCACUUUCAUGCAGUGUUAAUAAUAAUGUGUGCUUUAUUUUCUCAAACUAAAGUCCAUCAAAUUCAUUCAAUGAUUUUCACUUUUGUCAUCAUUUCUGUCUUCUUAAUAACUCAGAGGUACAUUGAGUAAAACACUCCUGUGAUGAGCCAAUGACUCUUCACCCAUUAGAAAAUCUCAUGAGAAUACUUAGGGGAUCCCAAACUCCUUGUAAUUUGGAUAAAAAAAAAAGAAUAGUAGUUCUGGUUGAGAAUGAAGCUUUUGUAUACCUGUCUUUUAAAGGUGAAAUUCAUAAUCAUUUCAUUUUGUACUAGUAGAGUAUCUGUAUCCAGUUUUCAAAUCUGAGUUGUCCACUAACUGCUGCAUAAUCAUUUCAUUUCCUCCAAGCAUGACUAGUUAUACAAAUAUAUUUACAUGAUUAACCCACAGUUAAAAAUGACUUUCAUUUGUGCAUAUACAUAGUCCUUAGAAAACAUACAUUUUAGGUUGGGCCUGACAAAUCUUGAAUUAAAGUAGGCAGAGUAGAGUCACCUUCUUUAAUAGAUGAGUCACAGAGAAGUUAGUGACAAAGAUAAAAGCAAAAGGCUGAAAUGAACUGUUGAAAGGUCAUUUUUCAAUCACCUCACCUUAGCAAUAAUUUUGUCUCAGGCAAUACAAAAAGCAAAAAUUUGUUAGUGCUAAUUCUGUAUGAGGGGCAAAAACUCCACUCUCCAGGCCUGUUUUCCAAUGAUCCCUUCUUCUAGAUUUGUGAACCAUCUCUAGGGGAAAAGCACUGAAGAGAUAGGUCACUUGAUUUUAAUUGUGAGUGUAUUGUGGUUUUAGACAAUUAAACCACUCUAGAACUGAUUUCUUAUUUAUAACAGGGAGGGGAUGGAUUAAAUGAUAUCUGAGUUUUUAAAGUGCUUAAUAGUCUGACUUUCAUAGUAAAUACAGGCAUAUCCUUGCAAUACAUACAUUCAAUAUUUUGAGUCACAAAUAGAUGAAUAUUGGAAAAAGUUUCUAUUUAAUAGCAUUAAACUAUGACUUAUAUCAAACUAAGGUGUCCUCCUCAUCAAAAAGAUUCUUUCUCUCUUUUUCUUUUUUUUUAUAACAGUGAUUAAAUCCAGGGGCUCUUAAUCACUGAGCCACAUUCGCAGACCUUCUUAUUUUUUAUUUUGAGACAGGUUCUCACUAAGUUGCUUAGAGCCUUGCUAAAUUGCUGAAGUUUGCUUUGAACUUGCUCAUCUUCCUGCCUCAGCCUCCUUAACUGCUGAGAUUACAGGGUAUACACCACCAUGUCUAGAAAGAUUCUCUAGUUAGAUUGGGUAUUUCCCCAUGAAAAAUUUUACCUGUUAAAGAAUAUUGGUUAUUUCAUUUUCCUGGAUUUUUAUUCAUCUUUAUUUAAUGGGCUCCUUCCCAGUAUUGGGUACCAUGCUGACUUUUAGAUAUAUAAAGACAAAAUUAGUCCCUUUCUUUGGACAUGGUCACAGUCUAGCAGCUACAAUAGAUGUAUAGAGGAAAAAUUGUGGAGUACAAUAAAGUGCUUCAAUUGUAUAGAGUAAGGCAAAGAUUAUAGGGAUACUCCUCAGGCACCAACAUAUGUAUCUCAAAACCUACAAUACUCAUAAUAAAUAUUUAAUAAAUAUUGUUUAAGAAAUAAAAAUUCAUGCAAAAAUCCAUGAUAAACAAAAUAUGCAAAUUAUAUGAUCAAUAUUAAUGUUUCUUUUUUCCUCCAGCUCUAAUAUUUCUGGCCAUAUCACUGAUAUAGAUGAUGAAAAAAGAAUGCACAUAACUUCAUAAGUUUACUGAUAAGGAGGAAAAUAAAGUAAUAACAGAGAAGGCUUCACAGAGAUGAUAAUAGAGUGAAAUUUAUAGAAUAAUUUGGUCUUCUUCUGGCCCCACUCCACCCUGCUUUCACAAACAAACAAUAAAUAAAAGCACAUUUUUAUCACCAUCUAAAGUCUGAGACAAAUGGAAAUUAGAAAGUUCAAGGGAAACUUAUCCCAGAUAGUUCAGGAUGGUUCAAGGGAAGUGAGGAAAGCAUCAAUCCAGGCGAAUGAGAGUUAUUAUCGGAAAGACCUGGCAGGGCUGGAUUAGGGAGAAUUGAAAGGUCAUUUUUCAAUCACCUCACCUUAGCAAUAAGGUGAAACUUGCUAAAAGUUAGACUAGACUCAGAUUGUUGGGACAAUUUUGUUAAAAUCUUGUAGGAUUUUAAGAUAAAACUAACAUGUUUGUGUUUGUAUUUUAGAGAAACUAUCUGAUUUCUCUGUGGAUGGGAGGGCCAUAAGUCUAAAGUAGUAGAACAACUGAAAUCUUUCAUUUUUCCUUUUAAUCUCUGCAUUUCCUUUCACUUUCUUUUUAACUCAGUGAAUUUAUUGUAUUUUGUAAAAUGAAACAUGAUUACUAGAAAUAAAGGCAUUCAAAAUUUUAAAACAAUUUCAAAUUUCUACUACCCAGAAAUUAACAUUUUGUGAAUAUCAUGUCAUACCUUUGUAUGGAUAUGUUUGUAUAGAAGAGUAGAUUAAUUAAAAGACAAUUUCAUAAAAUAUAAGACCCAGAUAUGAUCUAUGCUAUAUGUGCUGUUGGUUAACUAAUAACUAACUUGAAUUUAUCUCAAUUUAAGAUAAAAAUACCAAGGUAAAACUGAAGAAAUCAUUGAUGUUUAUUUAGGUAAUUUUCUUCAAAACAAGACAUUUUAAGGGCUCUAUACUUUUUUAUCUCGGAUUUCAAUCAUUAUUUUGGGAAACUUUUCUCCUUUUAUAUGUCUAAACAAGUUUUUUUUCUUUAAGAAUACCAAUUAUGUAAAAUUUCUUUUACAUAAUUUCUAACUAUUCAUAAUAUUCUCUAUAAUUAUUUUUUAUUUUUAGAUUUUUUGUCAGAAAUAUCCAAAUGAUUUUUCAGUUCUUUUUAUUUUAUAACUUCAAAUGUAAUUUAAACAUCAUAAUUUUUUAUUUCAUGUAUUCUUUUGCUCUACCAUUCCAUUUUUUAUCUUUUCUGCUGUUUAUUUUCCCUUUGUUGAAGAUAUUAUAUCUUCUUUGAACUUCUAACUCUCUCUUAGUGGGAUCAAUCUUUACCUCUGCCUUUUUUCUGGGCUGGUUUCUUUCUAUUAAUCACUGAACAAAGUCAGCUAUUUACUGAACUCUAGUGUGGGAAGUAGUGGGAGGGUGAGUCAGAUCAGCCCACAGAAGCUAUUUUAAUUUCAGAUGUCAAGCCCACCUCCCCAAAUCUGUUUUAUCUUCUUCCCAGAGACCAUAUUUUUUCUCUAUUUUUGACAUCUAGAGGUCUCUGUAGUUCACAGUGUAAAUCUCUCAGUUUUACUUUCCCUAAGUCUUUAUUGCUGGUAGUUACUCUUCCUUCUCUCUCAUUUCCCCACUUUAAUCUGUAUGAUCCAGUAGACACUAUCAUAUGUAGGCUAUUAGCCAUUUAUUCCCCUCUACUCCCAUCUCGUACCAUUUGGGAACAUAUAUCUGAAUUGUAUGAAAGCAGAUUUUGCCUUUCUCUUGCCUGUGUAUAUGCUGUUUCUCAUGGCAGCUUCAAACAAAUUAUAUUUGGAGGAUAUCUAAGGAUCAUGACACUUCAUAAAAUAUAUGCCCUUCCCAUGAUACGUGCCAUUUUAACUUGGUUUCUCCUAUUAGUGCAAGUGGAAAGCUAGUUAUUACAGUUUAUUGUCAGUUAUUAGUUAGUUAUGGAAAGGGUUUUAUUUUUUUCCCAAGUUUUCAUCCCUUUUUAAAAAUUUUGUUUUGUUUUUGAUAGGCCUUAAGAACAGGAAAGUGAACUGUAAAUGCUUUUAUUUCAUCAUCUUUAAUGAAACCACCAUCUGUUAUUUGCAUUUACAUUAGCUCAGGGGUUGACAGGACAAGACUAUCUUUUACUGAUAUGGUAACCAGAGCUAAGGAGAUUUUACCUACAUAUCAGGUAUCACUGGAAUUGUGCAUUAACCAUGGAUUAAAUCUGGAUUAAAUCAACCAUGUGACACAUCAUAAUACUGGGAAGGAUAAGGAACUGAUGAUAUAAAGGCCUCCAAAACAAAAGGAAACUCUUCUGUUUUCCUGAAUAGUAUUUCUGCAACCUUUCUUAGUUUCCCUUAGGGAAUCCCAGAGUUCAUUCCUGUGAGAUUGCUUUCCUUUCUUUUUCUUUUUUUCCCCUCUUUAUUCCUUUCAUUUGUAGGCUUCACUUUUCAUUCAUAUAUUUCUAUCUCUAUGCUAAUUUUGGUACACCACUUAUAUUUUACUGUUCAUCAGUAGGUCACUGAAGUGGUAAUUCUUCUAAUCAACAAGACAACAAUUUUAAUGUACUUGAAAUGAUAAUGAGUUUAUGGGAAAUUUAGAAAAGUUUAUGUAGUCUUAAUAGCACAUCUUUUCUCACCAAUAGAAAAUAAGUGGAAUGCUCAUCUUAAAUAAAAAAGAAAUGUUGAAUAAAAUAAUGCCCUUUCUUUUUACUAGUGACUAAUUCUUUAUUUCAAAUGCAAGUAUGUAAAGAAAAUACGAAAAUUCAAGAGUAAUAUUUUAUCAAAGAAUCUACUGAUUUCAUUGAAAAUACUAAUCUGGGAAAAAAUUGUACAAAUAUAUUUGAAAUGUCAGUAGAUGCUCUCAGGCUAUGGCAGAAUUAGUCAUAAAGCAUACAGGAUAGUUCUGUACUAAACACUAAAAUUUAGUACAAAUUACAUUAUGAUUGCAUUUUUCUACUGUAUAUGCAUCAUCUAGUUUUUCAUCACUUCCACUCAUUCUAUGUAGAUCUAAUUGCCUUAAGAUAUAACCUACUUUGGAAAUAGCUCCCUGUAAUGCAUUGAGAUUCAUUGUGUAAUCAAAGAAUAAACAAAUACUGUCAGUAAAAUAUUGUUUUAAAAAAGAGUUGUUGUAGAUUUGUAUUGACAAAAAUUUCUCCCUUAUACUUUAUAUAAUGUGUAGGAAUAUAAUGUGAAGAACAAUUAGUUUUUUAAUAUGCAUCUACAUCAUCUCUUUAAUGACAAUAUUUACUGAAUUCAUUUUUUUCCAAAUAUGUCUCAUUUUUAUUCUUACUAUAGAAUAUGUUAAAAGAGUGUGGCUGGCAUAUACAUGGAAAAAAGUUUAUGAUGUUCCAUAAGACAUUUUUAUUUUGCCAAUUACAUAAUAUUAUUUUAAAAGUCAAAUUAAUAUGCAAAUUAUAGAUUCCCAUUAAUUUUCAUACAAAUUACUGCUUAGAAUUGAAAUAAAACACAUCUCUUCAGGGGAAGGGAAAGAAACUGAUAACAGAAAAUGUAUAUUCUUGCAGUUAAUCUUUGGCAUAUUCUUUUCCAGGUUUUUAUAUUUGUAAUCUAUAGAGUGCAUUUCAAUUUUGCCAAAUACAAUGUAUUUGCCAAAUGCAGCUUUGCAGAUACAGUGCAGAAUGUUGGCUUGUCAUUUUAUUGAUUAUGCAUAUUGUGUCCUACUGCAAGAAUACAGUAAAUGAGAGCUUUCAAUUUUCAAGAGACAAACAAAUUAUUGUUGGUUGAUAAGGUAAGGCAAGGUUGCAGGAUUUUAAGAUAGUUUAACUGUAAAAUAAAUAGCAAUCCAGUUUUCAUCAGAUAUGACAUUGAAUAGCCAGAAUAUGAAAUAUAAGGUUAAAUUUUCCACUGAUUUAUCCUUAAUGAAGUGAAAGCCCUAAUAAUUACUUUGAUGCUGAAAAUAUUAAGAACCCAAAAGGAGAUAAAGAUGUUCUUUGGUUUUUCAGUUGAACUGAGGAAUAUAAAUAAAGUAAACUCUCUUCCUCCUUUUCCCAAAUAAUUUUAAAUUGUUUAGUUGGACAGUUGAAAAGAUUCCUGAGUACAGGAGUAAAACAAUAAUGCAUAUUUUAUAAUGUCAUAAAAACUAAAUGUGUUGUCCUCCAAGCUUCAUUAUUCUUCCUGAAUCAGAAUAGCAAAUGUAAAAUAUGGCAUUUAUAAUGGCUCAAAUUUUGGUUAAAGAUACAGGUAUUUUACUUUCAUGGAGAAUAGGAUUUUCCCACAAAGCAUGCACUUAGGCUUUUAGCAAUCACCCCCUGAAAUUGGUGAUUUUAUUCUUGGUAGAAGGAUUACUGUGGUCCAUUAUAGUAAGGAGAAGAGCAUAUUGCCAUGAUUUUGCUCUCAAAAUUUCUUAUAAAAGGCAUAUUAUCAAAUAUUAGUAUUAAAAAUCAUCAGGAAAUGGUUUUUUAAUGUUUCUCUUUUAGCAGAUUUCCCUUUCUUCUCAAAGCUAAACUUACUAUUCAUGGUAGUAAACUUCCUUUGCUCCUUAAAACAAAGUUUAUAUUCAAGCAUAAUACUGUGAAAUAAUUCAGGUCUCAAUUUCUCACUGGAAGGUUAUUCUUUAAAAUAGGAAGGAUUUAAAUUUCAAUAAAAUUUAAUCACAGAUACUUUGUAUUUUAAGAUAAAUGUGUUGGAGCUAAAUUCUGGAAUCAUUAAAAUAUAGAACAUGUAUCUUCUAAUGUGUUUUUCUAUUUAAUUUAAAACAAUAAACAUAAAUAUCUU